GUUCCUUCUACUUCUGUUCUUCUUCGAUUCACUAACAUACUACUCAUUUCCUCUGCGUCUCUCACUUUUCUCUCUGAAUGGCUGAAUCCGAUCCCCAGAGCACAAGAUCUUCAAUCAUGGAAUGGAAGCACCUACACCCACUUCACCAAAUCGCAGAAACCCCAACGCACAGGCUUCUACUUAAACAAUGGCUCAAGGAGGAAGACCUCAUCCUCCAUCGAAUCGCACUCAAAGAGACCCAAAUCGACUCUGUUCGCAAAGAAAUGACGAUGCUCUACAUCUUCUUCUUCCUGUUCCACUCCACAUCUCUCAUGCUCCUCUUCAACACCGCGUCUUCAUCCAAACCCCACAUGGAAAAGGCCUGUCACAGAUCGUGGAUCCCAUCUGUGUGCUCUCUGUUAUUCUCUCUGGGGCUAAUCUGGGCGGUGAGGUACAAGAGCGACGUGGAGUCGCACAUGGAGAAGCUUCUGGAGAGAGAGAAGGAGGACAGGAGCUUGUUGGGAAAGUGUGUGGAGGAGCUGAAGAAGAAGGGUAUGGAGUUUGAUUUGCUGAAAGAGGUUGAUGCUUUGAGGAGGGCCAAGAGCUUGAGGGUGGAAGCUAAGGAGGUCCGGAAAUGGUCUUCCAGGGACUUCGUGUCUCUGUUUUUCUUCACUCUGUCUUGCUUGUGUCUUGUAGUCACAAGAGUUAUUUUGUGUAGUUAGUAU